AUGCCUGUCUUUAAUCUGUCUGCCCUUUCUAUGUCUACCUCUCUACCUCUUGUCUCCCGUCCCUCUUUCCCCACAGAUACUCGCCUUUUCCCCCUGCAGCGGCCCAUCUCCCCCUUGUGCAGCCUGGAACCCAUUGCCGAGGAACCAGCCCUGGGCCCUGGCCUCCCGUUACAGGCAGCUGCCCCCACAGGUCCAUCUCAGGAAGGGCCCCAGUGCCCUGUAGGGCUGGGAGCCAAAGUGACCAGCCCCCAGCAGACAUCUCUGGGAGCUUUUGGAACCCUCCAGCUCAGGAUUGGGGGCGGUAGGGAAAAUGAAGAGCCACCCCUCAGGCCACACAAUGGUGGGAUCUCCAGCGGGCCACGUGAGGGGACUUCUGGAAGACAGACAGACAGCAAGAGUCGCUCCCGGGCCCCAGGCCACUUGCCAGUGGUUAGGAGGGCCAAGAGUGAGGGCCAGGUGCUCUCGGAGCUCUCUCCCACGCCUGCAGUGUACUCGGAUGCCACGGGCACUGACAGGUUAUGGCAGCGGCUGGAGCCUGGGAGUCACAGGGACAGUGUCUCCUCAUCCUCCAGCAUGUCCUCCAACGACACCGUCAUAGACCUAUCACUGCCCAGCCUCGGCCUCUGCCGCAGCCGAGAGAGCAUUCCAGGGGUCUCUCUUGGACGCCUAACCUCACGGCCCUGCUUAGCCUCAGCUGCCCGUCCCGACCUUCCUCCUGUGACCAAGAGCAAAUCGAAUCCCAACCUGCGGGUUGUGGGUGGGCUGCCUACUGCACCCGACGAGCUGCAGCCCCGGCCUCUUGCCCCGCGGCUGACCAGCCACCAUCCACGGCCACCGUGGCAUCACCUCACCCUGGUGGGCCUGCGGGACUGCCCAGUGUCUGCUAAGUCCAAGAGUCUGGGAGACCUGACAGCUGACGACUUUGCUCCCAGCUUUCAGGGCAGCACCAGCAGCCUGAGCUGCGGCCUGGGCUCCCUGGGUGUGGCGCAUCAGGUGCUGGAGCCGGGAAUACGGCGAGAUGCUCUCACGGAGCAGCUACGCUGGCUCACCGGCUUCCAGCAGGCUGGGGACAUCACGUCGCCCACCAGCUUGGGCCCAGUUGGGGACGGGUCUGUAGGGGGCCCCGGCUUCCUGAGGCGCUCCUCCUCUCGGAGCCAGAGCCGCGUGCGCGCUAUUGCCAGCCGAGCCCGCCAAGCUCAGGAGCGCCAGCAGAGGCUGAGAGGCCUGGACUCACGGGGUCCCCCAGAGGAGGAGCGGGGCACCCCUGAGGGUGCCUGUUCUGUAGGCCAUGAGGGCUGUGUGGAUGUGCCAAUGCCUGCCAAGGGACCCCCUGAGCAGGUGUGUGGUGCUGCUGAUAGCCAGCUGCUGCUCAGGCUCUGACCCUGCCUGAUGAUUCCAACU